UUUGGGGGACCGUUAAAUAAAGAAAGAAAAGGGCCGGCGAUUUCUUCCCUAAAAACACGGCACACUGCACUGCCGGUCAGACUCGACGUGACACUGAAGUGCCAACCUACUUCACCGGGACCUCUUGAGGCAAUUUGUAGGUCGGAGGACAGAGAAGACGCAAAGCUACAAGAAGCCCAGGCUAAGACAAUGCAUGACCUCAACAAGAACCCUGAACCAAGAGGUCGGCCUCCUAGGAUUCUUUACAUCCCAUUCUCUGUAGCAAUCAUCUUCACGUUGAGCACCAUGGCAGCGGGAUUUCUGCUUUGUGUUACCUCGGCCCUGAUCUUCAAUAAGAAGAAGAGUGUCGAGACUCAUUGUGGAGUACAUGUGCCCAACUUUCUUCCUUCAAUCAGUGCAGCCAUAGCUCUUCCUCCAUCCUCGUACAUCUGGAAGCUGUCAAUCAUCUUAACAUCAGUCCAGAGAUUGGUUGCCGUCAAGUUUCACCAUAUGCAGUUUAGUUCCAUUAGGACAAGUGCAUCCUGGUACCCAUUGUUGUGCAGUCUGUGUGCAGUGGCAGAGCUGAUGGAGAACCUGUCUCUGAUUGCACUAACGUGUGUCACAUCAUCUGAAGACACAGCUCUACAUGUGAAGUUCUUUGGCAGUUUUCAGGUGUUUGCAAGUCUGUUCAUGCUGCUAAUGUGUGUAGUGUACAAGACGGCUAGUGGCCAGCGUCCCACUGUAUGGGAGCGCAAGUUGCUGAGGUUCAAAUAUGCAGUGUUUGCAGCCAAUACUGUCUGCAUUCUAAUUGCAGUCUUCUUUUACUACAGACACACUUACUACUGUGACAAUUAUGCAUACACCAUCUUCUCUGCCUUUGAGUACCUCGUCGUACUUACCAACAUUUUGUACCACUUCAUAGUAACAUACAACUUCAGUGACAGGGCGAUUAUAUUUGGUUACAAUCCAACACCAGAAAAGAGAGUCUGAUGACCAGUCUAUACUAAUACUGUACUUUAUCUUGAUUCAAAGAGAGCACAAUAUAGGUAAAUAUCAGGCUCCAAAUUCUUACUUUAUUACGCCUUUUAACCGAAAAGGUAUUUAUGAAUGGGAAUCAAAGUGUGUUGAAUCGGUUUUCAA